AUGUCGGCUAUUCAACUUUCUUUCUCUCUCCGCGUCUCCGCGGGCGUCAAGACGGUGCACCUUCUCGGCUCUUGGGACGGCUACGUUGGUCAGCUCCCUCUCUCCAAGGACAAGUCUUCCUCCAAGUCCGGUUCCUGGAAGGGAACUUUCCGCUUCCAGAACUCCACUCUGGAGGCUGGCCAGCGAUACUGGUAUUACUACAUCAUCGACGGUUACCAUGUUUCCCACAACCCUAGUGUUGCCUCCACCACAGAGCCCACCACAGGCCGUGAGCUUAAUAUUCUCGACGUGCCCUCUGGGAGGUCCGAGAAGCCCGAGAAGUCCUCUUCCCGCCAUCACAAGUCUUCCUCUUCCGCCAAGGAUCACAAAUCCUCGUCUUCGUCCAAGUCGAGCAGCAAGAGCUCCUCGCGCCAUCAGUCGUCAUCCAAGGACAAGGAAAGCCGUACGUCGUCGCGCAGUCGAUCAUCCCUCUCCUUUGACAUCCCCAAGGGACGACCUCUCUCGGUGUCCCAGAUCAAGGCUCCCAAGCCCAUGUCUCCGCACGCGACCAAGCACAUCCUUGACUCUGACUACUAUGACAAUUACGAAAUUGAGGAACUCAGCGCCCGGUUCGGCAGUGCUGGCAUCGACGACGAGGAUAUCAUCACCGACUUUGGCACCUCUCCCGUCUCAUCCAAUGGCUCGUCACUGUCAUACCGCUCCGACAGUUCAUCCCCCAGCUCGUCCCUCUCCGGCUACAGCACACCAGGCUCCGACUGCAGCUCAUGCACUUGCGAGCGCUACGGCAUCACCCGCAGAGGCGAGCGCGUCAAGCUCGACUGCGGCGGCUCCAAGUGCGGAUACGGAGACGACAGCUCCGACUGUUCGAGCUACAUCAGCGAGGAUGAAGAGGACGAGGUCCACUACUCCCGCGGCCACUCAUGCCGCCACGGAAUCGUCGUCACCUGA